CUGUACGGCGGCUUCUACACGGACUGGGUGAGCGGCGGGCAGUGGAACCACAUGCUGGGCUACCUGGCGGCCCUGGCCAAGGCCUGCUUCAACGGCAACAUCGAGCUCUUCGUCUUUUUCAACGGCGCCCUGGAGAAGGCCCGGCUGCACGAGUGGGUGAAGCGCCAGGGCAACGAGCGCCAGACGGCGCAGCAGAUCGUCAGCCACGUCCAGAACAAGGGCACCCCGCCGCCCAAGGUCUGGUUCCUGCCGCCCGUCUGCAUGGCGCACUGCAUCCGCCUGGCCCUCAUCCGCUUCCACAUCAAGGUGAGCCCCGGGC